GCAGCCUCAGCCGCAGCCGCCGCCGCCACCGCGGUCGUCGUGGCCGCCAACGCCCCCGCCGGUGCGGCCGCUCAGCUGCACUGCUCGUUCGGCAACACGUCCAGCCCCGUGUUGGGCGGCAACUCGUUCACGCUCACGGACUCCGAUUCGUCCGACAGCCGGGGACAGCUGUCGUUGCCGUUUUCCUUUAGCUGGACGAGAUCGUUUACGUUUAUAUUGCACGCCAUGGACUACAACAACUACACGGGAAGCCUGUCGGUCAUCGAAGAGGCCACUUACUCGGGCAUACUGUUGCCCGGCAACGAGUGGAAAGCCCUAUCCCAUCUGGGCCGCACCGCCCGAAUGGCGUACCGGGUACGCGUGCAGUGCGACAGGUUCUACUACGGUCAGACUUGCACCAAGCUCUGCAAACCCCGGGACGACCGGUUCGGUCAUUACACGUGUGGCGACACGGACGGCCGCAAGGAGUGCAUACCCGGUUGGCAAGGCGAGAACUGCGACAAAGCCGUUUGCAAGACAGGCUGCCAUCCGGUUCACGGCAAGUGCGACUAUCCCGGCGGUUGCGAGUGCCGAAAGGGUUGGCAGGGAGAACUGUGCGACCAGUGUAUGACCUAUCCGGGAUGCAAGCACGGUUACUGCAACGGCACGUCUUGGCAGUGCAUCUGCGACAUCAACUGGGGCGGUAUAUUAUGCGAUCAAGACCUGAACUACUGCGGUACUCACGAACCUUGCCUGAACGGUGGCACAUGCAAGAGCACGGCGCCGGACAGGUACACGUGCACGUGUCCCGAGGGAUUCAGCGGACCCAAUUGCGACGUGGUGCUCAACCCUUGUGCCACAGAACCCUGCCUGAACGGCGGCAAGUGCACCACCGUCAGCCCCCCGGCAACCCUGAACCCUUCGGCCCCGGGAGGCAGCCCUUCGCUUCAACCCCUGCCCAAACAGUUCCACUGCGAGUGUCAGCCCGGCUGGACCGGCAGCACGUGCAACACCGAAAUCGACGAGUGCGCAUUGAUGAAACCCAGAUGCCUGAACGGCGGCACGUGCGUGGACAAACUCAACGAUUGGGCUUGCUUGUGCCCGGACCGCUGGCGAGGACUUCAGUGCGAAAUCGACGUGGACGAAUGCGAAAGCCAGCAGAGGACCAACAGCAACAUCAACAAUCAGGCGACGUGCGGACCCAACGCUAUCCAGUGCAAGACCGACCACAAUAACGGCACACGGUGCGUUUGCCGCAAAGGCUGGGCCACAAACGCCGUCAACAACAACGGCAACGUGGCCUUUGGCCCUUUGGGUUGUCCGGUCAACGUCGACGAUUGUGCGGCACCGGCUCUUUGCAUGAACGGAGGCACUUGCGUGGACUUGGUGGCAUCGUACGUUUGCACUUGUCCGGUCGGCUACACGGGUCAACGGUGUCAGACUCAGAUAGAUCCUUGCGACAGCCUCGCGUCUGCUAACCCUUGCAAGAACGGCGGCGAGUGCGUGCGCAGUCCCGGAUCUUCCAGACCUUACUCCUGUAUAUGUCCGCUGGGUUACUCCGGCGACGAGUGCGAGAUCAACAGGGACCACUGUGCGCCCAACCCUUGCCGGAACGGCGGACAAUGUCUGAACACGCCCGACGACUAUUACUGUCAUUGCACCGUGGCGGCCGACGGUUCGGCGUGGCACGGCAAAAACUGUACGGCAUCCCGGAAGAAGACCGGAAGUCCGGCGACCAGCACCACUAGCAGCAGUAGCAGCAGCAGCAGCAGCAGCAGCAGCUCCACCACGACCGUCCGUUUGCCGGCCGUGAUCGUUCAUCAACAGGACACGUUCAGAGACACCGAAGACCGCGAAUAUUAUUACUACAACAACAGUCCGCAGACUUGUGCCGACUCCAGGGUGUGCUUGAACGGGGGCACUUGCGUUUUGGGCGGUCCAGGAGGAGCUGCGGCCGGAAUUGGAGUCGGUGGUCGGCGCAAAGUGCCUUCGUACCGGUGCAAAUGCCCCGAAGGAUACCGCGGCCGACACUGCGAAUUCCGGCAAGAAGACUUAGAUUUUCCCAAUCAACACGGUGGCGGUGGCGGUGGUGGUGGUAAGAGGCCAAAAGUAGAGUACGACUACGAAGAGAUGGUCGACGACGACGACGACGACGACAUAGCAGACAGCAAUAGCAACGACGACGCUCAACGAGCCACCACGUGCACAGCGUCCAUGUUGAACAAACACUGGCCGGCGGCCGGCGCGGACCAGAGAUGCAACGAGUGCCGGUGUACGACGACGGCCAGCGAUGAAAAUUUGGACGACGACGACGGCGACGUGGACGACACGCCGAGGGUGCGGUGCACGAACUUGUGGUGCGGUCCCAGGGAUUGCAUGAACUACCCUUGCGCCGCCAACCAGGUGUGUGUGCCUUUGGAGGACACCGUGGCGGACGUUUCAUCGUGGAGACGUUGUCUGCGAGCGCCUUGCGCCGAUGAACCGAACCGACACCAUCACAAACGAUUCGGCCGCUGCGUGUCCAACGGCGACGAGAGCGUCCAAUCGGUGUGGCCGUCAGCCGCCCGUCACUGUUGGCCGUCCAACGGCGGCGGCGGCGUCGACCGACAGGACAACGGUUGUGGCACGCUGUCCGUGACGUUGGACGCGAAACGUCUGCGUCGCGGCACCACCACCGGUCAAGUGUGCCACAACAUGCGCCGUCUUAUAUCGCUGUCUUGGGCGGCCGACAACAGCUACGCGGACGGCCAACACUCGGCCGCGACGUUGUACGUCAUGUGCGAGCCGCUGGCCAAGACGGCCGACGAACUGAACAGCGACCGCGUUACCAUACGAGUGGCGGCCGCCGUCGCACAAACGCAGGAAGCCGUCAAGAGCGGUCUGGUGCAACGCGCCCUGGCCGUCCUGUACAAACAGCUGCAGAACGGCACGGCCGUGAAAAACAACCGAGAACAGGUGUCGUCGGCGUCGCUGGCCGCGGCCGUCGUCAGGGUACAACCGCCGACCAACCGGCCGCCGGCGUCCACUCAGUUCUCCGGCCAGGCCAACGGUGACUACCAGUACUACUAUUGGACCGGCGUGGCCUGCGGUUCGCUGACCAUCAUAGCCGCGUGCCUGUUGCUCCGGUUCGGUUACCAGCAAUGGAAGAAAAGAAACGGCGGCGCGGAUUGCGCGGCGUCCACUUCGGCCGGCGGCAAGAGCAACGCCGCCAUGUCCAACACGACGAGCAACAGCAACAACAAUCUCAUGUUGCUCGUCCAACGGCAAAACGAAGAAAACCUCCGCCGGUACUCGGCCGUGGCCGCCAGCACAAACAAGCUCAACGGUGGCGGCGGCGGCCUCAACCCCGCGGCCGGCGCGCUGUCCACGUCGUCGUUGAACUGUUCCCGGAUCAGUAUCGUCCACCCGCUGUGCCAGCAACCGGACACCGUGGCCAGCGGCGGCGGCGGCGGUCUGGAAAAAUCGUCUUCGGCGGACGACAAGACGGGCGGCGUGGACAGCAACGCGAUCGCCGCCGCGGCCGCCGUCGUGAAACCCGCCGCGGCAAUAGUGGCCGUCGCGGCCGGUAGUCCGCAACACCAUCAAUUGCACAGCGCCAUACCGCUGUGCAAAAAAACGCAAAACAUUGAACAACAACAACAACACUACAACCACCAUCAAUAUCACCAACAACAACAACACCACGUGCUGGUCCACCCACAACAAACGGCCGUCGUACAGCGCACCAACAACGUGGCCGGCGUCAGACCCAUGGCCAAUGGCCACGGCCUGAAAGACGACCAAACGUUGACGGCUUUGAUUUAAACUAUAAAAACGCUAAAAAAUGAUAUUAUUAUUAUUUAUAUUUCAUUCACAAGCGAUAAAUUCUACUAUAAUAAUGAUAUAUCGUUAUUGAUUAAUUAUAAU